GGGACUCUGCACUACUACUACUGCAAGGAAAUUGGUGAUUUGAACGGCAGUUCAGCUCAAAACCGCCGACGCUAUUAAAUCGUAAAUUAAAUCUACGCGCGCGGUUCAAUAAAAGUGAAUUGUGUAUAAACGAAAGGGAAAUAGAUCAUUUGCAUAACCUACGACUACUUUCGAAACUUGUUGUGUGGUAAAUUCUGUAUUUACUAAUUACCAAAGCCAAAAACGCAAGUUUGUGGAUUUUCCUUUAAGAAGAAGACAAAAAUGACCUAAACACCAUGUGCAAUUUUACAGUGAAAGUUUAGUUGUGUAACCGACAACUUUUACAUUUCCUUUUAUCUAUUGAUAUACGUAAUUCUCACAUCAAGAAGAUGCUUAUAACUGAAAAUACCGCAAUGGGAGAUAGGGUUGAACCUGUACCGUCAAACAUUCCUAGUCCAGAUUUAGUUGGUGUAGCCAUAGACCGACCGCCCCAGUUGCAACACCAACAGUCAUCAGUAUGGGUACGAAGACAACAGGCCGUGUGCGUACGCCAUGCUUUUAAAACAUACGGAUCAAAAAAGAAUCCUAAUCAUGUACUUAGCAAUCUCAACAUGACAGUUGCCAAAGGAACAAUAUAUGGUUUACUAGGUGCAUCUGGUUGUGGUAAAACUACUUUGUUAUCGUGUAUAGUCGGUAGGCGUAGACUAAAUACGGGAGAGAUAUGGGUGUUGGGUGGAAAACCGGGUACGAAAGGUUCGGGGGUUCCCGGAAAGAGAGUGGGAUAUAUGCCACAGGAAAUAGCUUUAUAUGGAGAGUUUUCGAUUAGGGAAACGAUGAUGUAUUUCGGAUGGAUUUUUGGCAUGGGGACAUCCGAAAUAAACGAACGAUUACAAUUUUUGCUCAACUUUUUAGAUUUGCCCAGCCAAAGUCGUUUAGUCAAAAAUUUGAGUGGUGGUCAACAGCGUAGGGUUUCCUUCGCCGUGGCGCUUAUGCAUGACCCCGAAUUGUUGAUAUUGGAUGAGCCCACAGUUGGAGUUGAUCCUUUACUUCGGCAAAGUAUUUGGAAUCACUUAGUACAAAUUACAAAAGAUGGAAAUAAAACUGUUAUCAUCACCACACAUUACAUCGAAGAAGCCAGAUCUGCUCACACUAUAGGACUAAUGCGCUCAGGCAAACUUUUAGCAGAGGAGUCACCGCAUGUUCUUUUAUCAAUGUAUGGAUGCCAGUCGUUGGAAGAAGUGUUUCUGAAACUUUCCAGAAAGCAAGGACAAACUAAUAACACUGCGGAUUCCAAUAUUAGUAACAAUAUUAGUCUAGCAACUAUGAACUGGGGCAAGAAAGAUUCGAUCUCUGUUACCGAGGAAAGCGGAGUUGUAGGCCUUAAUUUCCAUCAAAGUAAAGAAGUACUGUUACAAGACGGAAGUCUCUUAGAGAUAAAUGGCGGAACAUCACUAACACCACCAAAGUCACCUACCACUGAAUCAUGUGAUAAUUGCUCUGAUUGUUUGCACAUUACCACCGUGGGAAAAAUGCGAGCGUUACUUCAGAAGAACUUUUUAAGAAUGUGGAGAAAUGUGGGAGUUAUGUUGUUCAUCUUCGCGCUACCCGUAAUGCAAGUGAUUCUGUUUUGUAUGGCUAUAGGCAGAGAUCCUACCGAUCUGAAACUCGCAAUCGUUAAUCAUGAAAUGAGCUACGUCAAUAUGUCAUAUCAAAACUGUAAAUAUCAGCCGGGCUGCAAGUUUAGCAAUCUCAGCUGCAGAUAUCUAGAAAAUUUAAAUAAUAACACAAUACAUAAGCUGUAUUAUCCCGAUCCAGAAUCGGCGGUCGAUGCAGUUAGGGAAGGGAACGCUUGGGGUGCACUUUAUUUCACGGAAAACUUUACCGACGCGUUAGUGGCGAGAAUGGCACUGGGAAAGGAUGCAGACGAAGAGACCUUGGACCAAAGUGAAAUACGGGUGUGGCUAGAUAUGUCCAAUCAACAAAUCGGUGUCAUACUUCAAAGAGAUCUGCAGCUUUCGUAUCAAGACUUCGCCAGAGAACUCCUAAAGUCGUGCAACCAAAAUCCCAAGAUUGCUGAAAUUCCUAUUUCGUUCAAAGAACCACUUUAUGGAUCCACGGAACCGUCCUUUACAGACUUUGUUGCUCCAGGUGUAAUUUUAACCAUUGUGUUCUUCUUAGCUGUAGCUUUGACUUCAUCGGCGUUGAUUAUCGAGCGUAUGGAAGGUUUACUAGAUAGAUCCUGGGUUGCUGGUGUUACUCCGGCCGAAAUUCUAUUUUCACAUGUGGUUACGCAAUUCGUAGUUAUGUGUGGUCAAACGGCUCUAGUGUUAAUAUUCAUGAUUUUGGUUUUUGGCGUGGAAUGCAAGGGAGAUAUCGGAUGGGUCAUAGUUUUAACGAUUCUUCAAGGGCUGUGCGGAAUGUGCUUUGGUUUUGUAAUUUCAGCAGUCUGCGAGUUGGAAAGAAACGCUAUACAGCUCGCCCUUGGCAGUUUUUACCCAACAUUACUACUCAGUGGCGUUAUUUGGCCAAUUGAAGGAAUGCCAACAGUCCUUCGUUAUAUAUCUACGUUUUUACCGUUAACGUUGGCCACAACAUCGCUUAGAUCAAUUUUAACAAGAGGAUGGUCUAUUGUAGAAAAAGACGUUUAUUUAGGUUUUAUUUCAACGACGAUAUGGAUUGUACUGUUUCUUACGAUAAGUUUAUUGGUUUUAAGGUUUAAAAGAGGAUGAUAUGUUUGCGGACAGAUUUUUUGUAUGCGGUGCUGACUAUGCAUACAGUUUUGUACCUAUUUGUAAAAUAAUAAAUAUUGGAUGACUUAUUUAA